UAGCCAGUACUACAAAGAUUAUUGAUUUUGAUUUUGCUACAUUUUCAAGUUCUCAACCAGGAUUUUCUUGAUCUUUGAACCAAGAUUUCUUGACACGUUUCACGUUUUGGUGAGGCAUUACUUUUACACUACACUGGUCUUACUCACAGCUGAUCGAUCACUUUGAAAAAGAGAAUCCCUAGACUCUCUGAUUCUCCAUCAUUGUUCUUUUACUCUUCCGCCCGCGGCAGCUCUCUACUUCACUUCUGAUUCCGCCGUUACGAUGUCGAUCAACAGGAGCAUCCGACCCUCUGUCAAUCUCCACGGCCCAGAAUCAACUCCAGCUGUUAGUGCAGAUAGUUCCAGGGAUGCUCAGAUACAGGGAGAGGAACUAUGGACAUUCUCAGAUUUGGCCGCUGAAAAUUUGUCAAGAGCAACUCGGUUAUUAUUUGAAGCACCCAAUAACCUACCAUCUAAUGCUGGAGACCACAAGGGUCAUAGUUCGACUUCAGCUAGCAGGGAAGGCUCUAAUAUUGUGAUAACUUUAACUGACCCAGGACUGCUUGAUUGCCCAAUUUGCUGUGAACCCUUGACCGUUCCUGUCUUCCAGUGUGAUCAAAAUGGGCAUCUAGCUUGCUCCUUGUGCUGCACCAAAAUCAAUAACAAAUGCCCCUUUUGUUCCUGCCCCAUUGGCUCCAAUCGUUGCCGAGCCAUCGAGAAGAUUGUGGAGUCAAGUACAACUCGGUGCAAAAAUAUCAAGUACGGCUGCAAUAUUCCGGUGACUUACAACACGAAGAAUGAACAUGAAAAGACAUGUGUAUGUUCACCUUGUUCAUGCCCUUAUUUAGGAUGCAAGUUUGUUUCCUCGGCCAAGGAGUUAUACCAACACUUCAGUAAUGAUCAUUUGGAUUCGGCAAUAGGCUUCCUGUAUGACAACUUUGACCUUGAUUACAGUUUCCCAAUUACAUUGACAAAGAAUGACAGCUUUCUUGUUGUUCGAGAAAUGGUUAGUGGUACAUUAUUUAUCCUCCACAAUCAUAUUGUAGUUCUGGGAAAUGUUGUGACGGUUAGCUGUGUUCAACCUAGCUUCAUGGAGGAUCUCAACUAUCAUCUUCUUGUUUCUAACAAGGAAAGUUCUCUCAAAUUUCAGUCUCUGACAAAAAGUACUCCAAGCCUGCAGGUUAAUGGCUCUCCUUCAAGAAGUGUUCUGUUAAUCCCAUGUGAGUUUUUCGACUCUUGUGGUCAGGUCAAGAUUGAUGUUUCCAUACAGCGCAAAUGGUGAAUGCCCUGCUUCCGGUGAGAGGGCAUUCAAUUUAAUUCAAGGGAGCAUGAUUUCUCCGAAUGGUUUUUGAGGUUGAAGUUGUGUAAUGCAAUGGUUAUAUAUACUGGAAUCAUGUAAGUCAACUUAUGGAUGUGCCUCUUAUCAUGUUUAUAUAUCCUUGAUUUUCUUAUUAUG